AUGUUAAGUGGAGCUGGUGAUGGUGCAAUAUUCUACAACACAAAGGGCUUCAAAGGUUAGGAUUGGUAGUUUCUUAGCAGUCGAAGAGUGGUUCUUCUAGAGGAAGAAUAUUUGUUCGUGUUGAGCGGCAAUAGAUCAGGUUGAAGGCCUACUUAUUGUUGGUUCAUCAUGAAAUUCUUGGUGGUUUUGUUUGGCCUUCUGGCUGUUAGCUCCGCCGAAUUUUGCUACAAUGAUGUCGUUCGCAGUUGUAAACAGAAAGCUGCUGUAUUGUUGGAGGACUGUCAUGCAAAGUAUGGAGCAAUUGAUGCAGUCUUGCUAAAUUUACAAAGCUAUGUAAAUGAUCACAUUUCCCUCAGCUUUGACUAUCUGUUGACGUCAACUCACUUUGGAAACCAUGAGAAGAGUCGUGAGGGCUUUGAGAAGCUAUUCCGGAAACUUUCUGACUCGACCUGGAAUGAUGCAAUUGACCUGAUCCAGUACAUUACUAAGCGAGGAGGAGUCAUGGACUUUCAAGCACGCAAGACUAAAGCGGAGCCUCGGAAUGUUUAUGAGCUGUAUGAAAUUGAAGCUUUGGCUCGAGGUUUGGAUACCCAGAAGACGCUUGCUAAGUCAGCACUCGCUAUCCAUAGUGAAGCUACAAGACGCUGUGAAGGCUGCCAUGAUCCAGAGGUGUCUUCAUACCUAGAAGAAAAGUUCAUGCAUCGUCAGGCCGAAGAGGUGCGCAAGUUGGCAGGUUAUACUAGUGACUUGAAACGUCUUCUCUCUGAAAAUAACCAGGCUAGCCUGUCACUUUUCUUGUUCGAUGAAUAUCUCCAGAAGGCUGUCUAAGAUCUGUUAACCAGCCCUUGGAAAUUUAAAUAUCUUCUAGUUCUAAUCAGAAUGAUUAGUAGUAGUCAAACUCUGGGUAUGGUUUAGAAUAUUAAUUAAAGAUAAAACUUCAAUGGGAAAGUUAUUGUAACCAUGUGCUGUUAGGCACAACUCAAAAGAUUGCAAAAGUGUGGGAUGCAUUCCUUUGAGUGAGUGAGUGUUAAGAUUAAAAGAAGUUUUGUAAAGUAUGUACGUAUAAUAUUCAGUCCUCAGUAUCUUACCUGUGAACAGUUUAAUUGUAUUUUAUUUGAUUACAUGUGAAUAAAACUUUAGAUUCUGUUGUAUUUGAAA